AUGCCCCAGCGAGUAACCCUGCCCUGGCAGUCCGACAUGCAGCUGGCCGGCAAGCUGGUCCUCUCCGCCGCCGCUCUGCUCCUCCUGACUUUGGCGUACAGGUUUUAUAAGUCCUGCUCGCUUGCCAGGGACAAAAUCCUGCCGGCCGAUGCGGGAGGAGAGCAGAGGGAAAACGCUGCCUGGGAUGGAGAUGGGGACGGUGCGGUGGGUCUGCGACGGAGGAGGGUGUUUGGUGAGGAGGCGAGGAGGGAUGGUGGGGAUGCACAAGAGAGCGGUCAAGUGAGCGUCCCUGGGACACGGCGCACGCCUCCCCGGGGGGAUCGAAGCCUGCCGAGGGAUGAGGAGGAGGAGGAGGAAGGAGAGAAGAUAGUUUCUGAACUGGGGUUGACUUGCAGAGGAGUGGGGAUGGCCAGGCGAGGAAGCGAGCUGGGAAGUGAGCCGGGAAGCGAGCCGGGAAGUAAGUUGGGAAGUGAGCCAGAAAUCGAGCCAGAAAUCAAGCCAGGAAGUGAGCCAGGAAACAAGCCGGGAAGUGAGCUGGCAAGCGAGCCAGGAAGCAAGCCGGGAAGUGAGCUGGGAAGUGAGCUAGGAAGUGAGCCGGGAAGUGAGCUGGCAAGCAAGCCAGCAAGCAAGCCAGGAAGCAAACUGAGCUCUUAUGACCCUGGGGACGCGGCUGAAACACUGAGCAGCCACGGGGAGGAGGGCACACUUGCCCCAAGCACCGGGCUUUCCCCCGGGGUUGCUAAUUCCCAGAUGGCAGGUGAUGGACAGGCCCAGAGCACAGAGCAGGAUUUGGCUGGUGGAGGCACGAGCCGGGAGGCCAAGGGGUGCGGGGGGACGAUCCAGACCCUCAGUGUCACCUCAGACCUGGGGCUAACGAUGAUGGCGAGCAACGCGGGGUCGGACGCUUCCUACUCUUUCUCCUCGGUCGCAAAGAUCCAGGUGGAGGAGAACUACAUCGCUGAGCAGCGGGUGAAGGAUGGGGCUGGGCAGCCGGUCCCCGGCCUCAAAGGCAAAGUCUAUGACUAUUACGUCCAGUCCAUCUCCCAGUCGGUAUCGAAGAAGAGGUCUUUCCCCUACAUCCCUCUGGGAACAUCCCGGCGCCACAGCUCGGAGCAGGUCAAUGAAGAGCUGCAGAGCUUUGCAACCCAGAAGCUGGGCCCAACUUCAGCAACACGAGAUCCCACCACCUCCUCCACAAUUCCACCACCUACGGGGAGCUUGGAGAUCUCCCCUGAGCCACCAUCUCCUGGGCGCAAGGACAGCAUCCUCCAGAUCGCCGACAGCCCCCACCUCCAGCUGCCCAUGGAGGGGUUUAGGGUCACAGCGCCAGGCGGCACGCCACCUGCAAGCCCCCAGCCAGGGCUAGUGGCCAGUGCUGACCUCUUCCAAAUGCCACCACCCACCCACCUGGACCUGGGGAACUGCUAUGAGGUCCUCUGCACAGCCAAGGCACAGAAGCUUCGCCACCUCCAGGAGGCCGCCUACAAGGUGAUGAGCGACAACUACCUGCAGGUGCUGAGGACACCCUCCAUCUACGGCCGCCUCAAUGCCGGCGAGCGGGAGCUCAUCCUGCGGCGGAGGAUGAAGGGGAAGAUGUAUGUGGCCGUGGCGGACGUCAACGUGCAGGAGCCUGGCUUCCACACCAGCCGCCUCUGCUACUACGAUGAUAGAGGGGACUGCUGGCAUCACCUCUGCCACAUGCCGCCGGAGGUGGUCUCCCAGGGGUGCGCCAUGUGCAGCAUGUUCAACUACCUCUUCGUGGUGGCUGGCUGCGAGGGCACGGGCCGGAUGCAGAGACCCUCCAACCGUGUCUUCUGCUAUGACCCCCUGACCAACAUCUGGAGGGAGAUCUGCCCUCUGAACCAAGCACGGCCACACUGCAAGCUCGUGGCCUUGGAUGGCCACCUCUAUGCCAUUGGCGGCGAGUGCCUGGAUGGCCACCUCUAUGCCAUCGGCGGCGAGUGCCUCUACACGGUGGAGCGCUACGACCCCCGGCAGGACCGCUGGACCUUCACCGCACCCCUGCCCCACGACACCUUCGCCGUGGCCCACACGGCCACAGUGUGCGAUGGGGAGAUCUACGUGACGGGGGGCACCUUGCGCUACGUGCUGCUGCGUUAUGCCGCCCGCUCGGACAGCUGGAGCGUCAGCCCGGCCAGUGGUGGCAAGGACAGGAUGGCCGAGAUGGUGAGCGCCAAUGGCUUCAUCUACCGCUUUGACUUCCACCGCAGCACGGGCAUUGGCGUCUACCGCUGCAGCGCCAAGGCCAAGCUAUGGUAUGAGUGUGCCACUUAUGCCAUGCCUGAGCCAUCCGGCUUUCAGUGCGCCGUGGUGGGCAGCCUGGUCCACUGCAUCGGCCGGCACUUCCACAUACGCUUCUUGGCCGACCACAUCUCACCACGCUUUGGGACCAAGGAGCUGCAGCCCUUCCCAUCACCCCGCGGCAGCCUCCUCCCAGCCGUCUUGGUGCUGCCAGAGGGAGGGACGGCGCAAACACAGGUUUGA